AUGGCCCAACCUGAACCUGACGGCGAGGGCCGCACCGGAGAGCCCGCCAACUCUCACCAACGGCACAGAAGGCCUGGCCGGAGUUGUGAUAGCUGCAGAUCACGAAAGAGUGCGGUUCUGGCUUCCAUUGAUCCUAGAUCUAGCGUUGACUUUUUGGCUUCGCAUCUGCUGCUCAGCGAUGGUCCGUAUAUGGAGAGCAAGAUCUGCUCGAACUGUGCCGCUUUCGGGACCGAGUGCGCAUACUUGGCGCCGCCGCAGAAACGAGGGCCCAAGGAUAGGCUGGUGGACGAACUAAGGAAGAAGAUCGCGUCGCUGGAGUCUAAAUUACGCUCUCAGUCUAUCUGUUCUCUUUGCGCCCAGCCUCUGCAACACCGGGUUUCGAACCACUCAAGUCCCGAUUUUUCUUCCAGCGACUCCGUGUUUGUUGAAGACGGGAGGGACAAAGAGAAUAUAGAGGUCGCUUCGGUGGAAAAGGACCCGCCUGUGGAGGAGGACUUUGAAGGCGAAGAAUUAGCGAAGCGCCUGGAACAGUUCUCCAUCUCGGAGAUGUCGCUUAUGAACAAUAAGUUCUAUGGGGCUUCCAGCUGCUUCAGCUUGGCUCAUACGGCAAUGAAGGCUGUCGAGACGUACUUUGGACAGACAUUCAUCGCCACUGACCAGCGUCCUCAAUUCUACACUCUACCUCCGUGGGAAGCCGUCACCAGAGCUCAGAUGCCCCAAUACAUGUAUCCAGAGCAAGAUAUGAUAACGAGACUGGUCGACUUGUACUUCGCUUUCGUCCACCCCACACUGCCCAUCCUGCAUCGACCGUCUUUCGAGCACUGUGUCUCUCAGGGACUUCACUUCAGAAACAAGGAUUUCGGGGCCUUGUUAUUGACUGUUUUAGCUCUAGCAUCGAGGUACUCGGAUGACCCGCGUGUUCUCAUUGACGGCCGAUCAACCCUGUCGUCCGGGUGGAGAUUUGCGAAUCAGGUGAACAUGCACGGAAUGUGGGAGCCCACGAUUUACGGAGUGCAAUAUCUUGCCCUGAUGACGGUCUACAUCCGAGGGACGUCUGUCCAACAGACGGCGCGGAACUAUCUUGCAAGUCGACGAUCAGCACUCUCUUGGAGCGAAAGCACUGAGACGGAGACAGAGCCAGGCGGUUUCCCACCUCCAGCAAUUGGGCGAACACCGGAGGAAGCGAGACAGAGUGAUUCGGCGGGGACAGUGUUUGUGUUGGACCAGACUCUGUCUACCCAUAUCGGACGUCCAGCCGGCUUUCAUGUUGAAGAAUACGACACAGAUCUUCCGUUGGAAGUGGACGAUGAGUAUUGGGAAGACGGCUUUCAGCAGCCGCCGGACAAGCCUGCGUCUUAUUCCUUUUUCGUGCACUAUAUCCGGUUGUGCGAGAUCCUGGGGGAUGCCUUGAGACGGUUAUACGGGUCGCGCAAGUCGAAGCUCCUGAUGGGGUGGAACGGAGCCGAAUGGGAAGAAGACGUUGUCAAGAGCCUCGAUUCGCAGAUCAAUGCAUGGUUGUCCGCCGUGCCGACACAUCUCCGUUGGAAGACGGACAACGUCCCCAAAGAUCAGACGACAUUCGACCAAGCCGCGCUGCUCUAUGCCCAGUACAACUAUGUGCAGAUUGUGAUCCACCGGCCGUUUAUCAAGAGAGACAACCCUCUCGCUGCUCCCUCACUUUCGAUCUGUGUUGGUGCCGCGCGCUGCAUCAUCCAAACUGCCGAAGCGUGGCUGCAGCGGCUGCAGGUCAUGCCGUCACAGACGAUGAUCACUUCGGUGAUUGUAGCUUCUUUGGUGCUGGUCCUCAAUAUGUUUGGGUCUCGGAAAGCUGGUCCCGCAAGCUCCAGGGAUUUUGUGCAAGUGGAAGCGGCACAGAGGUUCAUGAAGUUUGCAGAAGCACGAAAUCAAUCCGCUGGCCGUUUAUGGGAGAUUCUAGAGUCUCUGAAGAUAUAUAUACCCCACUCCAACAAUCAGGAAUCGGCUGGAUGUCCGGCCGACAGCGCUGUUGCUAGCUCUGAAUUCGAGUUCCAAUACGGCAUGUCCAUCGAGCAGCUUCUGCAGGAUAAUCUGUGGUCGCACACCGAAACUUCGAGCGACCUCGCGAUGAACGACGAUUUCAUGUCCAUGUGGACGCUGUCCGAUUUCGCUGGGAUGGAACCCAUGAGUGAUUCAAACAAGUGGGAUCCCGCUUUUCUCGACAACUUCUGAGCGGCAUUAUUGUAUGUACUGAGCUCGAUCGUCGCACAUCACGCCAAGAAUAGAUGACAUGAACGGACAAGACAAGACUGUCGAGCGUCGUUGACUGACAGGCGAAACUGUGUGAAUACUCCGCAGUGGCAGACAGAGACAAUAAUGUCGCAGGUGAGCAAUGCUGCACAUGGGGCCAUCGGUCUAGUCGUCCUCUGUCAGCGUCAGUGUCAACUAGCUCAGCUGAUCGGCUCUGACGCCCCGCCACCACGCGUCGCGCAGUGACCGCCCCUAAUUCAAGGAACGAAAUGAUCCCAUCACCAGCGGGCCGUCUAUUAGCGACGCUCAAAUCUCCAUCUUAGACCUGACCUCCCACGUUUGUGUAACGUGUUUGAAAUCGAAUUGUUCUUACCAAUCGGAGACUCUGCACGUUUACCGGCAUCGGGACAGGUAUAAGUCCCACCCGCUCCAGAAGAUGACCGUGUCUACGUCGAACGCCCCCGCUCUCCCGCACGAUGCGCAGUGGUUUAGUUGUCGCCCUGCUCGCAGCCUCCGCCUCCGCGUCUGCUGCGAUUGGCCCAUCAUUUGAGCGCUGUCCGGCCGAUUUCGAGCUCGUGCGCCGCGGUCAAUCCAUCAGUUCCACCGAAAAACACUACGCCCAAAAACGGCUCGAGAAGGUGGCCCACACCGGGGCGUUCAAGACCUAUCUCAAAAACGUCCAAGGCACGGGGGUGCACCUCCCACAGUACUUGACGGAGAUCUUGGAAUCUGAGCACCGACAUGAGCUGCCUACGGUUGGGAUCAGCACUAGUGGCGGAGGAUAUCGAGCAAGUAUCUUCGGUGCCGGUGUCUUGAACGCGCUCGAUGGCAGGAACGCGUCUGCUGCGAAGAAGGGCACUGGAGGGCUGCUGCAGGCCGCGACCCACAUCUCGGGCUUGAGUGGAGGAUCAUGGCUUGUCACGUCGCUUGCGCAGGCCAACUUCCCCACGAUCCAGCACCUGAUCUUCGGCGACGGCAAGAAGCAAGACUACGCCGGAUGGCUCUUCCAGGAGGGACUGGUGACUGCCAACAACGCGUCCGACCAGCCAGCCUUGAUCCGGCAGAUUUUGGACGAGAUCGCUGUCAAGGCGAGAUCGUUCCCUGUCUCAUUCGGAGACAUCUGGGGACGGGGGCUUGCCCGCCACUUCACCAAUGGCACCCUUGCCGACAACUAUUUCGGCCCGGGAUCCCAUGGCUCGAACAUCCUGUUCUCGGAUCUGAUGGACUUGCCGACCUUCAAAGCCCAUGAACAGCCUCUUCCCAUCAUCACUGUCAACCUCGUCUCCAAGCAUAUCAACGGCACCAUCUUCCCGGGCGGGAAUUUUGUUCCGCUGAACACUCCGAUGUUCGAAUACAAUCUGUUCGAGUUUGGCAGUUAUGACGACGUUCUGGCUGCCCACACGCCUCUGAAACACAUCGGAUCUACGAACGAAACUCUCUGCGCGGUAGGCUUUGACCAAGCCAUGUUCCUGUCCGGGACGUCAUCUAAUCUCUGGAACGAAUUCAAUGUGACGGCAGCCACCUUAGCCGCGGCCACUGGCAACUUGACGACCAUUUUGAACGCCACAUUCCCGCAGCCCCAUACGCUCCGCCUCGACACGAGCAACUACCCGAACCCGUUUCACGGCGUUGCCCCCGAGACAUUUGCCGACUCGCAUGAGACGGUGCUCGCGCUCUGCGAUGGGGGAGAGGACGGCCAAGUCUCGCCUCUGCAGCCCAUGCUUGUCAAGGACCGCAAGGUCGACGUCAUCGUCGAGAUCGACGCUGUCAGCGACAACAUAGGGUAUGCCCAGGGCGCCUCGCUCAUUGCUACGCAAGAGCGGAUGCAGAUGUUCUCUCGGGGCCUUGCUCGGUUCCCUGCUGUCCCAAACACGACAGACACAUUCUUGGCAGAGGGCCUGACCAGCCGACCGACGUUUUUCGGAUGCGACGAGACUGCGGGUCCGCUGUUGGUCUACAUCGCCAACGGCGCGCCCCCUCGCGACGGGUCGGCACCCCUGACCAACACGACCACAGGCCAAGGAAUUUACACAGAGCCAGAAAUUCAGGGGAUGCUCCAGCAGACUUUCACUGUCGCAACCCA